GUGAUGUCAUCGCUUGUACUUGCUUAUCUUAACCACAAUCUCCUGAUCCAUUGUAACCACAGCAACUGCAUUGUGAUGUCACCGAACACAGUUUGAGCAGCUGUCAGUUGGCCUGUGGUCAUUUUGAGUGAAGCAGUCAAGGUAGAAGGAGCUUGCUCCCGAAGCCCUGAAAUGCUCUACUUAAUUCCUAUUAUUUUUUCAAUUUUUCUAUUUUCAAUUGUAUUUUCCACUAUGUCUGAUCAAACCCGAUCGACUAGUUUUUCUUUUUCCAAAUGUAUCCUGUUCCUAUUAUGGGGAUAUUUUGGAGGAUACUCAGGCCUGAGGUUUUUUUACGUAGCUGUCGGUUUAGGUGUGUGGUACUGGUACAAGUACAAAUACAGAAAGCCGACAGCCCAGGUCCCAGUAAUGAAGACUGAGGAGAAAGCCAAGCAACAGGCAAAGGCCCCACCAAAGGUUCAGGACGACCAAUUUGAAAAUGUCAGGUGCCUGACAGUGAUGAUGGAGAAUAUGUGGCCUUACCUCAGGAAGUACGUGGCGAAGUUCCUUAAGGAGAAGAUUCAGCCCAAAUUGCGUUCCCGCAAUAAAUAUUUGAAACAUUGUUCGUUCAUGGAAAUUGAUUUGGGCACAAAACCUCCAGAAGUGAAUCGCAUGAGAGUCGAAUCAGAUGUCGAGAAAAAGCAGAUUAUCAUGGAUCUCCAAAUCAGUUAUAAUGCUCCAGUGAAGGUGAUUAUUGGAUUAUACGAACAUGCUAUAGCCAGAGUGAAUACUAUAAAGCUGGAAGGAACGUUCCGGAUAGUCCUUGCCCCGCUGAUGGGAAACGUACCCAUAGUUGGAGCAAUGACAUUUUAUUUCCCUCAACGACCGGAUUUGCACCUAGAAUGGACGGGACUCACCAGUCUACUUAAUAUUUCUGGUGUUCAGUCUCUGACCCAAAAAAAGGUUGUGGAUAAAAUUGCAAAUUUCUUGGUUUCGCCAAAACAUAUAACCAAGCGUAUAACAUCAAAAUUUGAUAUAAUGGAGCUACGCUUUAAAGAGCGCAAGAACGCACUUCGAAUCAACGUGUUGGAAGCGAGGAAUCUUGUCGCUAAAGACUUUAUUACAAAGAAAUCGGACCCGUUUGUUGUUGUACACGGAGGAGGCAAGACUUUCAAAACAAGGGUGAUUUCUAAAAACUUGAACCCACAAUGGAACCAGACUUUUGAGAUAUUAUUCUCAGAACUGCCAGGGCAGGAGAUUACAUUUGAAGUUUUCGACAGAGAUGAGGCAAGAGAUGACCCAAUGGGAAGCUGUAAGAUUGCGGUUUCCCAGGUCCUGGAAAGGAAAUCGAUUAAUAAGUGGUUCCGACUGGAGAAUGUACAGUCUGGGGAUCUCCAUAUUAAGGUGGAGACUCUCCAACUUCUAUCAGACCCUGCACAGCUGAAUAAGGUGUUGAAGCUGAACAAAGAAAUUCAGCCACCCAAGAGUGAGGAGCUCUCUUCAGCAGUGCUCUAUGCAGUUAUCCAGAAAGCCAGAAGUCUGCCGGUGAUACGGCCGAAGAAAAGCCUAUUGAAUCCGCUGGCCAAACUGCAGGUUACUGUCGGAGAGACAGUGAAGAAGAGCGGGGGUAAAAAGAAUAACGGAGAGCCAGAGUGGAAAAAGAGGAUGCAGAUCCUAAUAAAGAAUCCACUUGGUGAGAAAAUGAAGCUAAAGGUGAGUAGAAAUGUCCUUUCCUUAUUGGAUCCGUCACUCCUGUAGAUCUAGAUUAGGGGCAAGGUCUUGUAGAUCUAGAAUGGGGGUAAAGUCCUGUAGAUCUAGAAUGGGGGCAAGGUCCUGUAGAUAUAGAUUAGGGGCAAGGUCCUGUAGAUCUAGAAUGGGGGCAUGGUCCUGUAGAUCUAGAUUGGGGGCAAGGUCCUGUGGAUCUAGAAUGGGGGCAAGGUCCUGUAGAUCUAGAUUGGGGGCAAGGUCCUCUAGAUCUAGAAUGGGGGCAAGGUCCUGUAAAUCUAGAUUGGGGGCAAGGACCUGUAGAUCUAGAAUGGGGGCAAGGUCCUGUAGAUCUAGAUUGGGGGCUGCUGGUUCUGUGUUUCUCUGUCACUUUCCUUUCUGGGUCACUUACAAGCAAUAUUUUUACAGGUACGGAAUGAGAACAAUAAAGUUCUGGGAAGUCUCUCUGUUCCCCUGUCUAACAUCAUGGCUGCCAAGGACAUGACUAUUGAGGACUGGUUCCCCCUGAAGUCCAAAUCGAAGAACAGUGAGGUUCUGAUGAAGCUGCAGCUGAGGAUUUUGGCCCCUCGCACUUUUCGUGUGACGCCAUAGAAGAGCUUGGAACCCACAUUCCAACGAAAGUCCAACGAAAGUCCUUGACCAAAACCGUUAAGCUCUGAUUGUUCUGUGCCACUAGACCUGGCACAAACACAGGGCACUGAAGAGGAUGAAGGAGGAGGAAGAGGAGGAUUAGGGCACUGAGGAGGAUGAAGGAGGAGGAAGAGGAGGA